UUAUGUGGAAACUCUAUGUCAGCGAGCUUGAUGGCCGCAGCCGCUUCCUGAACCUUGUUCUCCAGGUUUCUAGAGCGGAGGUUGAGUGGGUAACUGUUAACCCAGAAACUUCUCCUUUUACGCAGCUCCCAACGUUGGUGACAGGAUCCGAGAGUCGGCUGACGGACGUACUUGACAUUGCUAAAAAAGUAGUCACUGAAAAAAAUAAAGGCCCCGGUGGGUUGUUGGGUAAUGAACAGACAGACAAAUUUGCUUUGUAUGCGCUAAAUGAGGUUUUCCCGCAUGUGAUCACAUCAGACCACAGAGACAAGAAGACGACUCUCUCCUUGCUUCAUAAGGUCAACAAGAUGCUUCAACCGGUGACUUAUGCUGGAAAUUCUAAAUGCAUGAGCAUCGCUGAUUUGGCUCUAUUCUCCUGCCUUUCGUCGGUUGUUCCUCACUGGACUCGCGCGGAUCACGCCUCGUUGACAGACACAUGCAGAUGGUAUGACCUAAUUCAACACCUUGUUCUAGACGCGACCAAGACGCCUUCGCCUGACUGGUUUGUAAAAUUCGAAUUGGACGUCGAAACAGAGAAAAAUAGCGCUGUACCUAAAGAAACGACAGAAAAAGUCGAAGAAAAAAAAACGGCCAAGCAAAAACCAAGUUGCCCCAAGGAAUCGGAAGCCUCCGGAAUAGACGUAGCGCUCGUCGACUUGCGCGUCGGUCGCAUCCUCGAAUGCGCGCUCCAUCCUGAGGCAGACUCAUUGUACGUCGAAAAAAUCGACUUGGGUGAGCAAGAACCCAGAACCAUCGUCAGUGGAUUGGUCAAAUUCAUUCCAAUUGAGGAAAUGCAAAAUAGACUUGUUGUCGUCGUGGCUAAUCUAAAGCCUGCAAAAUUAAGAAAUGUGUGCUCUCAAGGAAUGGUGUUGGCUGCAUCAAAUGCCGAUCAUACAAAGGUGGAACUCUUAACGCCUCCAGCGGGUGCAAAAAUAGGCGAGCGAGUCAUAGUCGAUCAAUUCGAACCUUGGCAUGAACCAAUAGCACAACUAAAUCCAAAAAAGAAACUAUUUGAACAAGUGAAACCUCAUUUGCGAACUAGCGACGCAGGCAUAGGCAUGUACAAAGACUUCCCAUUAGUAACUAGUGCCGGACCUUGUCGCGUAGAUACGCUGUCAAACUGUUCUAUUGGAUAAAACUGCCUCUUUUUUUCUCCAUAAAAAAAAUAAUUUUACUCCCAUAGAAAA